CCGUCAGCCGCGCUUACAUAGUUUCCCUGCGGCCUAGGAGCUAUUGCUCAGGUUAGAAAGAUGCUAGUAGCGACUUUUAGAUCAAAUUGCCUUUAAUCUCGCUUCGAUAUCUUAUCACCCCAGCUAGCGGAGGUCACAAAAGCUAUUCAAUCCAACCGUGCUGGGAUGCACAGUUAUCAGCCCCCACCCCGACUAAACAGUAAUGGUAUAAAGAAGCCGUGCACUCAGUGAUAUUAAAUGAAGUUGGAUGAUCUCGGGGGAGGCAGGCUAGACAUAGCUUCCACAUUCUCUGUGUCAAAUGAUGUCCUCGGUAAAUCCAUUGGGAUUGGUUCUCAACCACAUUUUCAGCAACAUGUUCCUAACCGUCCUCUUCGCUACGUCCGCUCUAUAUCUCGGCUGGAGAAUUUGGAGAUUCUACGUCGUACCGAAAAUAUACCCAAACGACCCCAAAGAGGCCCCUUAUUUGAUUCCGUAUCUUGGACAUACAAUCCCUAUGGCGCUUGACUUUAACCGGACACUGGCUAGUAUGAUUGAGCGUUUUGGCAAAUCCAGGCGUCCCUUUGCCAUCACAGUCGCAGGGGAUACAUUUUACGUCAUCACAGACCCUAAGCAUGUAGCAGAGAUCUACCGAAAUGAGAAGACCCUGUCCAGUGAGCGUAUUACUCGAAUUAUUCAUACUCAAUCGGGUAUGAGCAUUGAGGCGGUCGAUAAGCUGUUCAAGGUCAAUCCAUCUGCGUCCCACAAUAAACUGCACCCUCGACCUUUGCCACCUGUCGGUCUUAUGUUGGAGUCUCUCCGCCAGCAUCUAGCCCCAAGUGACUCACUAGAUCAACUACUGGACAAUAGCACUAUCCCUCUUGUGCGACAAGCAAUUGAUCUCAAAUGGCAGGAUUUUGCUGCACCCCAGGAGCUUGAGGAUGGAACAAGGGUCCUUUCUCUCAAGCUUCUAUGUAUUGAGGCCAUGGUACGAGGGAUAGUGGAGUCGUUUUACGGCCCGACUCUCUGGGAGCUCCAGCCAGAUUUUGUUCAUUGGUAUAUGCUCUGGGAGAGGGUGAACUGGAAAUAUCUGUUCGGGAUGCCCGGGUUUCUGAGCAAGGACAUGACUCAAGCAAAGGAGGUAAUGAUUGGUUUAUUUGUAAAAUAUUUCUCUUUGCCUCGUACUAAACGACCUGGUGCAAACGCUUGGAUACUGGAGACAGAAGAUAUUUUGAUAGAAGGGGGGCUGAGCACAGAAGAGCUUGGUCGAGCGAUGAUGUUACAAACUUGGGCUGUUUUGGGAAACCUAUAUAAAACGGCGUUUUGGAUGGUUUCAUACAUUGUCUAUGACAGACAGCUUCUCGAAGCAAUCCGAGAGGAAAUUACGCCAGCCAUCAGUGGUGAUAGAGUCCAUCACCAUUACCUCAAUAAAGAGUGUCCACGUCUUGAUUCCUUGUUCGCAGAGGUUCUCCGCAUUUCGGUGAGUAUGCCACUUGUCCGACAUAUAACUGAUGAUACCGUAAUUGGGGGUUCAACAUUUCGCAAGGGUAAUAAUGUGAUGAUCUCCUACCACCAGCUUCACCUUAACAAGGAUGCCUGGGGAGCCAAUGCCGACGGUUUUCAGGCCGAUCGGUUCCUAAACAAGACAUCAUUAAAGUCUAGUCUGAGCUAUCGUCCCUUUGGGGGUGGAAGCGGCCUCUGUCCUGGCCGACAGUAUGCCCGAGAAACUACUUUCUCCUUUAUUGCGAUGCUGCUAAGCCGCUAUGAUCUAACCCUAGUGACUGAAGAGGCCGGGAGCUCUGGAGGAGAUAAGGCCCAUGAGGUGAAGAAGUCCCGGUUUCCACAACCUGAUUAUUCCAAGCCAGUUGUAGGCGUCACAGCCCCAGGCGAGCAGGAAGACAUCACGAUUUGCCUCACUCCUCGAGUGGUGGUGUGAUAAAUUCUCAUAAGCACAAUCAUUCCACUUCGCCGAAACGAGCUUGGACUAGAAUCAAGGUUGGAAAGAGAUUAUCCAUAGAUGGA